ACGUCCAGGGGUCGUAGUAUAGCGCGUGGAAAUCUGCUGCUUGGUAGAAAGCAGUCAAAGGUCUCGCUCAAUGAAUCACCUCCGGCAUCAUAUGUUUUUACAGACAUCGCCAUGAAAAUGCAGUCUCAAUGGUCCCUAGCCACAAAAAUCCUCACAAAACUCAUCAUAUCAUACCUUGUACUAUGCGGUCUAUUUUACUCCUUCGAGCACUAUUACUACGUCCUAAGAUUCCGAUUCUCCGACUCUAUCAAAUCUUCCGAACAUGACUACGACGGCCCUAUCCGUAUCAACGAGACAGAAAUCCCACAUGUCCGAUACGAUACUGGCUUCGACCCUGGUUCUACCACUAUAUACGGAUACCCGAGAAAGGGUGGCCUGUACACUUUACCUCAUGCUCUGGGCGUUGAGUUUGAUUUCUUGGGUCUUGAUCGGUUUGGGUUGACUGGGUCGAAAGAGGAGGAGAUAAAGCCUAGUGAUGAGGAAGAAGUGUUUUGUAAUAAAAUGCGCCAACUUGGAGCGAAAUGGUUCCCGGAUCGACGUCUCUAUUGUCUUUAUUCGAGGAGGCCUGCUUCGUCGAAACCACAUGGAGUACUUCACGUAGGAUGGCCAUCCAAUGGUGGUGUUUGGGUUUUACAUAUAGGUGAGAUGGAAGCAAUAUUUGAGACGGAACCAUGGGGAAUCAUAUACAAUGCGCUUAAUAUGGAUGAAAGGUGUCAGAUCAUCGAAAGACUUGGAGGAAAGUUCUAUCCUGAUCCAAAGAGAUGUCCCUAUCUGGAUCUAGCUGAUGAUCCGAGUCCCUAAUAUCUAUUUUUACAAGAUAACGGCAUGUAUCUACUCUUCAAUGUCAACUAUGUAUGCUGUCAAACUCAGGUAAUGUUCUCACAAAACAAGGACACCGAUCACUGAUGUGUCAUCUCCAGUGUAUGCCAGCAGAUCAAGUGGUAUCAUAAGAGAAAAACAGACAAUGAAAUAAAACUGAAAGAAAAGUCAAGAAGCUAUGACUACAAAACUCGGUGAAAUAAAUAUAUCCCCCGUCAAAAGAAAUGUAUCUCAGCCUGACCCCGUAUGCUUAUCAAUCCGAACGAAAACCAGUCUCUGUGAAAAACAAAGAUAAAUAAAGAAACAAUGCCAGGUAAUGCCGAAAAUAAACUCGCUUGCAAUGGUCGUAACGCCGCCGAAUGGAUGAUUUGAUAAAUCGUACAUGAAAGUCGCAAAACAAGGUUGUAUCAUCAGUGCGGAAUCAGAAUACUGUGAAAGAUAUGGCGGAAUCUUAUGCAGAUGCUUCCUGAGUGGGCAUAGGAUUCGAGCUAGACGAAGACUCGGUAACGCCUUGGCCACGGCAGAGAGGGCAGGAAUUUCGUCCAGUAG